UUAGAGCGCUUCAAGGUCUUUGGAGGAAUGACUUGGUAGCACUAAAGGGAGCAUGCCCAAAUUGUGGGGAGGAGGUGUUUGCAUUUGUGAGAUCAGAUCAGUCCAAUAACUCCCCCCAUAGAGCAGAUUGUCAUGUAUGUGAAUGCUCUCUAGAAUUCCGCACCAAGGUUGAGCAAUCCAUCUCAAUACCGGGUAGACAGUGGGUUUAUGGCCGCAUUUACUUGAUUAAACAGCGAGGCAGAAGACGCCAAAGAUGGAUGUAAGACGGAUGUAAGAUGUAUGGCAAGAUGUUGUUCCACUUGAUCGGUGUAUUUUAAUUACCAGCAUUGCAUACAGUAGCAUGAUUCUUUCCUUUUCAUUUUUCCCAUUUUGGAAAAUUGUAAUGAUCCUAGCACAGUACUUUGGUGACAAAUCAUUGAAAGAGCAGUAUGUCUUGUAUUAUGCAAACUGAUUUGAGUCAUUCUGCCAGAACUUCAGUAAAUUUUAUACUCUUAUUCUAUUAGCUGUGUAUCUAUUUGUAUACAUUUAUUCAUAUUUAUCUAUUUGUUUC